UCGCCGGCCCGGCCCCGCACGGCCCCGCACGGCACGGGGGUUGCCAUGACAAGCAUUUUCUCCCGUUAGCUCCGGGACCGCUGCCCCUCCAUCCCAUGGCCAGUCGCGGGGGCUCCGCCGCCAGCCGGUGGGACCGGAGCCGCUCCAGUUGCUGUGGUAUCCAGGGAGCCCCCCUCCUCCUCCUCCUCCUCCUCCUCCUCCUCCUCCCGCUGCAGGAGCUGCACGCCGGGCGUUGCUAAGGUCGCCUCCGCGGUAACAUGCACAUCCUGUUUACACCUUCAUCCCGACAACUUGGGCUCGGAUAGAGCCGCCCGUUCCCCCCGGGAAGCCCCCAGGGAAAGGGGCCGCACGGAGCAUCCCCCGCCGGAGCCGCCGGAGCCGCCGGAGCCGCGAGCGAGGCCGCCCCAGGAGCGCCGCGCCGGCGGCACCGCCACUGUGACAAGAUGACGAACAACGUGGCCGACCACCACCCCGGGAACUCGGUGGCCGAGGGCAACCAUGAGGGGGACUUUGGGUGCUCCAUGGUGGAGCUCAGGAACCUCAUGGAGCUGAGGAGCGCCGAGGCCGUGGCCCGGCUCAACGACUCCUAUGGUGGCGUCCAGAACGUCUGCAAGAGGUUGAAGACGUCGCCGGUCGAAGGCCUGUCCGGGAACCCCACGGACCUGGAGAAGAGGCGUCAGGUCUUCGGCCAGAACUUCAUCCCCCCAAAAAAGGCCAAGACAUUCCUGCAGCUGGUGUGGGAGGCGCUGCAGGACGUGACGCUGAUCAUCCUGGAGAUCGCUGCCAUCAUCUCCCUGGGGCUCUCCUUCUACCACCCCCCGGGAGGGGACAACGAGCUGUGCGGGCAGUCCGCGGGCGGCGUGGAGGACGAGGGCGAGGCUCAGGCGGGCUGGAUCGAGGGCGCUGCCAUCCUCUUCUCCGUCAUCAUCGUGGUGCUGGUGACGGCCUUCAACGACUGGAGCAAGGAGAAGCAGUUCCGGGGCCUCCAGAGCCGCAUCGAGCAGGAGCAGAAGUUCACGGUGAUCCGCAAGGGCCAGGUGAUCCAGAUCCCCGUGGCCGAGAUCGUGGUGGGGGACAUCGCCCAGAUCAAGUACGGUGAUCUCCUGCCAGCGGACGGGAUCCUGAUCCAGGGCAAUGACCUGAAGAUAGACGAGAGCUCGCUGACCGGGGAGUCAGACCAGGUCAAGAAAUCGAUGGAUAAAGACCCCAUGCUGCUGUCAGGUACCCACGUGAUGGAGGGCUCGGGCAGGAUGGUGGUGACUGCCGUGGGCAUCAACUCCCAGACAGGGAUCAUCUUCACCCUCUUGGGAGCAGGAGAAGGCGACGAGGAGAAGAAAGUGAAGAAAGGUAAAAAAAGCGGAGCCCCCGAAAACCGCAACAAAGCUAAAACUCAGGAUGGUGUGGCCUUAGAGAUCCAGCCCCUGAAGAGCCAGGAGGGGGUGGAAAACGAGGAGAAGGAGAAGAAGAAGGUGAAGGUGCCCAAGAAGGAGAAGUCGGUGCUGCAGGGGAAGCUCACGCGCCUGGCGGUGCAGAUCGGGAAGGCAGGGCUGAUCAUGUCGGCCAUCACCGUCAUCAUCUUGGUGCUCUACUUCGUCAUCGACACCUUCGGGGUGCAGAAGCGGCCCUGGCUGGCCGAGUGCACCCCCAUCUACAUCCAGUACUUCGUCAAGUUCUUCAUCAUCGGCGUCACCGUGCUGGUGGUGGCCGUGCCCGAGGGGCUCCCGCUGGCCGUCACCAUCUCGCUGGCCUACUCCGUCAAGAAAAUGAUGAAGGACAACAACCUGGUGAGGCACCUGGACGCCUGCGAGACCAUGGGCAACGCCACGGCCAUCUGCUCGGACAAGACGGGCACGCUGACCAUGAACCGCAUGACGGUGGUGCAGGCCUACGUGGGGGACACGCACUACCGCCAGAUCCCCGACCCCGAGGCCAUCCUGCCCAAAAUCCUGGACCUGAUCGUGCACGGCGUGGCCAUCAACUCCGCCUACACCUCCAAAAUCCUGCCGCCUGAGAAGGAAGGGGGGCUGCCCCGGCAGGUGGGCAACAAGACCGAGUGCGCCCUGCUGGGCUUCGUGCUGGACCUGAAGCAGGACUACCAGGCCGUGCGCAACGAGGUGCCCGAGGAGAAGCUCUACAAGGUCUACACCUUCAACUCUGUGCGCAAGUCCAUGAGCACCGUGCUGAGGAGCAGCGGCGGCGGAUUCCGCAUGUACAGCAAGGGCGCCUCCGAGAUCAUCCUGCGCAAGUGCACCAAGAUCCUGGACAAGAACGGCGAGCCGCGGGUGUUCAAGGUGAAGGACAGGGACGAGAUGGUGAAGAAGGUGAUCGAGCCCAUGGCCUGCCACGGGCUCAGGACCAUCUGCCUGGCCUUCCGGGAUUUCCCUGCGGACGCCGAGCCUGACUGGGACAGCGAGAACGAGAUCCUGUCCGACCUGACCUGCAUCGCCGUGGUGGGGAUCGAGGAUCCCGUACGGCCUGAGGUGCCCGAUGCCAUCCUGAAGUGCCAGCGCGCCGGCAUCACCGUCCGCAUGGUGACAGGGGACAACAUCAACACAGCCCGGGCCAUCGCCACCAAGUGCGGCAUCCUGCUGCCCGGGGAGGACUUCCUGUGCCUGGAGGGGAAGGAGUUCAACCGGCUCAUCCGCAACGAGAAGGGAGAGGUGGAGCAGGAGCAGCUGGACAAGAUCUGGCCCAAGCUGCGGGUGCUGGCGCGCUCCUCCCCCACGGACAAGCACACCCUGGUGAAAGGAAUCAUCGACAGCACCGUGGGUGACCAGAGGCAGGUGGUGGCCGUGACAGGAGACGGGACCAACGAUGGCCCAGCCCUGAAGAAAGCAGACGUUGGGUUUGCCAUGGGCAUCGCGGGCACGGACGUGGCCAAGGAGGCCUCGGACAUCAUCCUGACCGACGACAACUUCACCAGCAUCGUCAAGGCCGUCAUGUGGGGCCGCAACGUCUACGACAGCAUCUCCAAGUUCCUGCAGUUCCAGCUGACCACCAAUUCUGGAGCUGUUUUCACGAGGAGAACGAAACAAAGAAGGGAAGAAGGGUUGAUUUUGGUGGCUUGGUGUGUUCUCCCCCUGCAGGACUCUCCCCUGAAGGCCGUGCAGAUGCUGUGGGUGAACCUGAUCAUGGACACCUUCGCCUCGCUGGCGCUGGCCACGGAGCCGCCGACCGAGGCGCUGCUGCUGCGCAAACCCUACGGCCGCAACAAGCCGCUCAUCUCCCGCACCAUGAUGAAGAACAUCCUGGGCCACGCCGUCUACCAGCUCACCAUCAUCUUCACACUGCUCUUCGCCGGGGAGAAGUUUUUCGACAUCGACAGCGGCCGGAACGCUCCCCUGCACUCUCCCCCCACCGAGCACUACACCAUCGUCUUCAACACCUUCGUGAUGAUGCAGCUCUUCAACGAGAUCAACGCCCGCAAGAUCCACGGCGAGAGGAACGUCUUCGAGGGCAUCUACCGCAACCCCAUCUUCUGCGCCGUGGUGCUGGGCACCUUCACCGCCCAGAUCAUCAUCGUGGAGUUUGGUGGGAAGCCCUUCAGCUGCUCCGGGCUCACCCUCAGCCAGUGGUUCUGGUGCAUUUUCAUUGGAGUGGGAGAGCUCCUGUGGGGCCAGCUGAUCUCCACCGUCCCAACGAGCCACCUGAAGUUCCUGAAGGAGGCCGGGCACGGCAUCACCAAGGAGGAGAUCCCCGAGGAGGAGCUGCCCGAGGACGUGGACGAGAUCGACCACGCGGAGAUGGAGCUGCGGCGGGGGCAGAUCCUGUGGUUCCGGGGGCUCAACAGGAUCCAAACCCAGAUGGACGUAGUUUACACAUUCCAGACCGGCGCCUCCUCUUUGCAGGGAGCCCUCAGGAGACAGCCUUCCAUCGUGAGCCAGCACCACGAUAUCAAAGUGGUGAAUGCGUUCCGUAGCUCCCUGUACGAAGGCCUCGAGAAACCCGAAUCCAGAAGCUCCAUCCAUAACUUCAUGACUCACCCAGAGUUCAUCCUGGAGGAAGACGAGCCUCGGACACCAUUCCUUGACGGCACCGAAGACGAGCCCGAGCCUGACGGACUCCAAAAGCGAGGUGGGGGCAGCCCGGCGGGGUCGACGGCCCUCAACAGAAACAACAACGCUGUGGACAGCGAGUUCAGCUUCCCAGAGCCUGGGAGCCCCUUCCACAGCCUGGAGACAUCCGUUUGACCUUAGAACUUGGAAUUCCUCCUCCUCCUCGUCCUCCUCGUCCACCUCGGCCCUGUGUGAUCCCGGCAGCAGUAACUGGUCACACGCUGUGGUCACUCCGUGUCAAACUGCUCAUGCCUGUGUCAUCAUCUGGGUUGGUUUAUUUUUUUUGGGGGGGUGGGGGAAAUUAUCUGGGUUUUUUUCUCUUUUUUGUUUUUAUUUUUGUUCUUUUUUGUGUUUUUUUUUUACCAGUCUUUAGCAGUGGGAACCAGAGUACCACCACGCUGGGUGUUGGGAGAGAGGCUAAGCCAAACAAAAAAAAAAACCAAAAAAACCACAGAAUUGUGCAUCUCCAUCCCUGAUUUUUUGUGGUACUCACCCAGGGGAAGCUGCCAGCUUCUUUCCUCUCCAAGAGUUGGGCUCCAGGCACCUGGAGCCAGGGGGUUUUCACUUUGGAAAAAUGCAUGUUCCAAGGAAAUUCAAAUUGUUGUAGUCUUACACGCCCUCAGCACGAAGGCUGGGGGUGCACUUGUGACUUGAUUUUAUUUUUUAUUAUUUUGGUGGGGUUUGUUGGUUGUUUUGUUUUGUUUUUUUCUCCACUCGUGGUUUUUAGAGGUUUUCUCUUCUAAUGUUGGGGUUUGCUCUUUGCUUGUGGGGUUUGCCCCCUUACCCAGUGGGAAGUGGGAUGGGGCAGUCACCGCUCCAGUGCGAAAAUUAAGGAAUAAACUAAAAAAUCCCAGCCAGAGGAAGGUGUUUACUCCAAGCUUGAGAGAUCCAGGGAUGCCCACCAGUCUUCCACCUUUGAAAAAUGGUACCUGGGUUUUUUCCAGCUCCCCCUCUGUGUGUGCCCACACUUUUUUCUCUCUCUGUUUCCAAACUGGGAGAUGAGAAAUGAAGUUGGCUUGGCUCUAACCUUGCUGGAGGGGAGAGAUUCAGAUUUUCCUGCAAAUGUGGAGGUGAAACUGCCAGGGAAAAGGUGGAGAGACCCAUCCCCAGUGAGGGAUGCAGUUCCUUCCUGAGGAAUUUUAGGAGAGGCCUCUCUGCUGCUCCUGGUCAGGGGGGAAGCUCUUGGUGAGAGGGUUUUUGCAGCUCUCCCAGCUCCUGCCCUCCAGAGCAGAGGGAUUUUUGCCCUUUUUUCUGUGCUGUCAGGGUCCAGCACCCCUCAGCCUCGCAGUGCCGGCUCCAGGGAAACGCUGAGGGAUCCAGGAGAUGCCCAAAAGCCGUGGGAGGCUGAGUGGAGAACACUGAGGGCACAGCAGGUCCUGAAUCCUGGGAGGGAUCAAUCCGGCUGAUGAUCCAGUGGAAGGCAGGGAGGCCCAAGGAUGAUCCCUCAUUUUCCUGGAGGUUUGGCUUGGAUGGCUGCAGCUCUUCCAGAGAAGGCGCUGCUGGAGGCUUGGCCUCAUUUCGCUGCUUUAUUUGGAGGCCAUCUCCUCCUCUCCAGCCUCGCCUCCACCCCUGGGAACAAUCCUGGGAGAAUCCCUUUCCUUGGAGCUGGAAUGUCCCUCUGGUGAUCCCUGGAGCAGGCGGCGGGGUGGGGGCUUCUCCUCGUUGUGACCCCUGCCCUCCUCCAUCCCCUCUGGCUCGCUCAGGGAUGCGCUGGAAGCGCCUGUGCGAGGUCAUUCCCAUCCCUGGGAGCGCAGAGGAUGUUUAUUUUUUUUUGGGAAAGGCUGGCUCUGGCUGGGUUCUCCUCCCCUUUCCCGUCAGGAACGCACAGCGGAAUCUCCCGUGCCUUGUCCGAGCACUGCCUGCAGCACCUCCUGCCACGCCAGGGCCCAGAUCUUUGCCGAGAUUUUAAGUGUUCCUUAAACCACACCGCAAACCAAGUGUCUUGGCUUCGCCCCCUCCCGGCACCGCCUCGCCCUCCCCGUGGCGAAGGAAAGGUCCUUAAAUCCCAAAAAUCCCAAAUAUCCCAAAAAUCCCCAGUGUCCCACCCUGGUGCUGGCGAGCUGGGCGUUGUUCACUGCCAACAGCGAGAAGGAAUUGCCACCACUGCCCGUCCCCAGUGCAAAUUCAGUGUCCACCCCAUGCCCAGCUCCUCCUUCCCUCCCUCCCCCCCAAAAAAAUAACCCAGGGGAGCGAGGGGAUCUUGGGUUAAACACCGGGAAAUACAAAACAAAACAAAAAAAAAAACCCAAAUAAGGGGUGGUUGUGGGGUUUUGGUUCUGUGCUAAAGGUGACGUUGCUUAAAAAACAAAAAGAAAAAAAAAACAAAAAAAAAAUCUCAUUUUUUUUUCUAUUUUAAAUACAUGCAAAAAAAAACCAAAAAAAAAUAUAUAUGGUGUUCUUACAAGCUUACAUAAAUAUUUAUUAAAUACUUUUUUUUGGGGGGAUGCACCGAUUUUUUUUUUUUUUCUUUUGAUAUUUUUUUAAUACCUCAGACCUGUUGAAAUAAAUAAAUAAAUAAAUAAAUAAAAUAAAUAAAAAAGAAAGACUCAAACCAACAACAACUUCAAGCCAACUUUGGAGGCUCUCAAAGUCACUCCCAGAAAUCUGUGACUGGCAGGGUUUGCCACAAAGGGUCUGGUCGUUCCUUUAAGUUUGCUCUAUUUUUGUCGUUCUAGUUUCCAUUUUAGGAGUGGGGGGAGGGAGAAAUAAUGCUAUAUAAAUAUUAUGCAAAAAAAAAAAAAAAGAAAAAAAAAGAAAAAGAAAAAAAUUCUAGUUUUCUUUAGCUCAGAAACUGAUAUUUUUACGUCAGCCAUAUGUAUUUUGUUUAAAGAAAAAAAAGAAAAUAAAGAAAUCUCCAGUCCCGCCACUGUGUGAGGGCAGUUGUGAGGGACACUUUAAUUAAUUCCGUGGAUUAAUUAAUUCAGCCAUCGGAUGCCAGUCAGCUUCCUUUUCUCUGAGCAGCCAUCUUUCUACUAGAUGUGAGUUGGAUGACACAAAUGGGGUUUUUUUAUAUAAAUAUCUAUAAAUUUUGUUGCUGUAUGGCUGGUUGCUUCAAGUAUAAAUGUUUCUUGUGCAAAUUUCCUGUAAAGUUACUCUUUUAUUUUUUGUUUUUUGGGUUAAGUUUCAGUGAUAUCCUGGCAGCAGCUGACUCUUGGCUUAAGUUAUUGAGGACAUUACACAAAAAAAAAAAGAAAUUUGGGGGAGAUUGGUGCUCCAAAAAAAAAAAAACAAAAAGGCAUGGUCAGCAGCGGCACGGACUUUUGGGGACUCUCUGCAACAUGCCUUGACUAGGGGGAGAUAUAAAUAUAUAUAUAAAUAUAUAUUAUUAUGAAUAUUUCUGGGUUUUUUUUUUUUUUUCCUGCUUGGUUUGAACUGCCACGAGUGCGUGCACGGAGCAGGGGAGGGACAAAGCGCCAUGCCCGCCAGGAAGCAAAGCCACCCCCCCCUCCCCUCCUCGUUGUGAUCCAUGUUCAACUUACCUUGGAAUGCUUUGUUAUUAAAACACUCUGAACAUCCUUCUGCAUCCGGUUCUUCAUCCCAGCAGGGCCCCUCAGUGGAUUUUCCGUGGAUUUUCCGUGGAGUUGGCGGAUUGGUACCAAAGACAUCCCUGGUUUGCUGGCCAGGCAGCUCUCGAGGCGUUUUUCUCCUGCUGAGGUUUCUAUGAUUUGCACAGGGUGUGGGGAGGGAGGUUCAUUUCAGGUUUUAUUUCCUUUUUUUCCCCCCUCCCCAAAAGGUUUUUUCCGUGCAAUAAAGCUUCCGAGUGAAAUUUCCCCACCGAUCUCAAGAAGGAAACAAACUAAAUCACAUUUUAGCAUGGGCGGCUUUUCCCACCCAUAGGGCCUGGAGGGCUCAGCCCCUCUCUGAGGGGAAGGCUGAUAAAAAAACCCAAUCCCAAAUUCAGGGGGGCAUCCCCGAGGUGCCAGCACAGCUCCUGUCACCCUCUGGGACCGCAGACCCCAAAUCCCUGCAGGGCUUUUGUCCCUCUGUGGGGACACCUGGACCUGCAUCGCUUCUGCUCCAUCCCCAAGCCCUCAUGGAGCCCCCAAAACGCUCUCCUGCACCCCCAGAUUUUCCCCUUGGGGCACAGGGAUGUGGAGGAAGGUUUUUCCUGCUCCUUUUCCACCCAAACUGGGGGAUUUUGGCACCUCUUCCUCCCCAGCAUUCCCCCUUCACCCCCAACUCUGCUCUGUCCCGCUCCCCAAAUCCCUCAAUUUUCAUCCAGCAAAGCCCAUGGCUAAAACUGCCUUUAGUUUCUUUCCUCCCCUUCAAUAAAUAUAUAUAUAUACAGUCUGAACUCAACAUUUAUGUGUGUGUAUAUAUAUUUAUCCAAUGCUCUCACAAAACAAAAAAACUUUCUUUUGAAGAGGGCACGUGGAGCUGAGUUUUUCUUUUUUUUUUUUUUUUUUCCAGUAACUCAGUAUAAUAAGCACUGGUAUUUUUAUAUAAAAAAUGGGAGGAAAAAGAAAAAAAAAAACCAAAAUACAAAACAAAAGACUGAAUAUUAUGUGGUAUGCAUGACAUUAAAAAACAAAACAAUGGUGGUUUCAAAGCAAUAUGUACCCUGGUGUGUUUGCCAUAUCCUAGAGUCCAGCUUAAAGUGCACCUGAUCUGUAUUGCAUUUUGAUAUUAAUCUCUAUGUACAAUGUUUUGCAUGUAAUUUAUAUGGAUCUUGGGAGAAAAAAAAAAAACAACUAAAUAAUCU